AUGGAGUCGCAGUGCGAGUACUUCAUGUACUUCCCGGCGGUGCCCAUCACCGACCUGUCGGACCCGGCCCGCUACCGCACGCUGCCCCGCAGGAGCCACCUGUACCUGGGCGAGACGGUCCGGUUCCUCCUGGUGCUGCGCUGCAGGGACGCGGGGGCGACGCCGCCGGAGCCCGGGCCCGCGGCGGGCGGCGAUGGCAACGCGGCCGGCUUCGGGACGGAGUCGGCCAGCAGCCGGGCGUGGAGGGAGCUGGCCGGCUCUCUGUGUGCCGUGGCCAGCGUGAGUCCGGGUGAAAGCAGCCGCCAUCGAGGCCGUCACCACCACGAGUACCAGAGCGGGGACGAGGCCAACGAGGACGGCGAGGAGGACUACAUCGCGGCGGCGGAGGCGGCCAUCGCGGCGCUCGGCAGCAGGAUGGACUCCCGCUGCCGGAGCUUCAGGGACUGCAAGCCGCUGCUCAUACACAACUCCUCCGGGACGGCGGCCAGGGAGUUCCGCAGGGCACCUGUUCAGUCGCCUCUGGACGAGCCGGUGGUGCUGACGGAUGAAGUCAUCUUCCCUCUCACCGUCUCCCUGGACAAGCUGCCCGUCAGCACCCUGAAGGUCAAGGUGAUGGUGACGGUGUGGAAGAAGGAGGCGGAGAAAGCGGAGGUUCAGGAGCUCGGCUACCUGAGCGUCCUGCAGCAGCGAGAGCCAACACACACCUUCAGACACGACCUGAACACCUUCAAGGCUCAGGUGAGCACCACGCUGACCGUCCUGCCGCCGCCCGCCGUGCGCUGCAAGCAGAUGACCGUCUCCGGGAGGCACCUCGCCGUCCUCAAAGUGCUGAACGAGUCUUCUCAGGAGGAGCUGAGUGUUCGGGAUGUCCGGAUCCUCCCGAACCUGAACGCCUCGUACCUUCCCAUGAUGCCCGACGGCUCCGUGCUGCUGGUGGACAACGUGUGCCACCAGUCGGGGGAGGUUGGCAUGGCGUCCUUCUGCAGGGUGGAAAGCCCCGCCUCCCGCCUUCCCAGCAUGCUCAGCGCUCUGGAGGAGCACGACUUCCUGUUCCAGCUGCACCUCAACGACGUACCGCGAGACGACUCCAACGAGGGGCUCGAGGUUCCGCUGGUCGCCGUGCUGCAGUGGUCAACUCCCAAGAUGCCUUUCACCAACUGCAUCUACACCCACUACAGGUUGCCCAGCAUCCGUCUGGACGAGCCUCGCUUCGUCAUGACGGCCAGCUGUCCGAGCACCGUCAAGGUCAAGGAGCACUUCAAGGUCAAGUACGUUCUGCUCAACAACCUGCAGGACUUCCUGGCUGUGCGGCUCGUCUGGACUCCAGAGGGUCAAUUGAUUAUUGAUCGUGUGCCUUCAGGUCGAGGUCAGACUGACGACUCGCUGGCCGCCGUGGUCUGUCACUCUCCUCUCAGUAACCUCGGCCACUGUCGCAAAGGCAGCACGGUGUCCUUCAGGGUGGCGUUCCAGAUCCUCAAGCCGGGUCUGUACGAGCUGAGUCAGCACAUGAAGUUGAAGCUCCAGUUCACGGCCUCGGUGUCCAACCCGCCGCCCGACGCCCGGCCGCUGUCACGUAAAAACAGCCCGUCCAGCCCGGCGUUUCGAGACCUGCUGGACCGACACCAGGCCAGUCUGGGCCGGUCCCAGUCCUUCUCCCACCAGCAGCCGUCCCGCUCCCACAUCAUGAGGACGGGCAGUGCCAUGGAGCGGAGGGCCAUCACCCCCCCCGUGGGCUCUCCGGUGGGCCGGCCGCUCUACCUGCCGCCGCAGGACAAGACGCUGCUGUCGCUGGACAAGAUCGCCAAGAGGGAGUGUAAAGUCCUGGUGGUGGACCCCGCCAGCUAGGGGGGAGGAGGCUAGGAGGCGAGGAGGGAGUGUAAAGUCCUGGUGGUGGACCCCGCCAGCUAGGGGGGAGGAGGCAAGGAGGCAAGGAGGGAGUGUAAAGUCCUGGUGGUGGACCCCGCCAGCUAGGGGGGAGGAGGCAAGGAGGCAAGGAGGGAGUGUAAAGUCCUGGUGGUGGACCCCGCCAGCUAGGGGGGAGGAGGCUAGGAGGCGAGGAGGGAGUGUAAAGUCCUGGUGGUGGACCCCGCCAGCUAGGGGGGAGGAGGCUAGGAGGCGAGGAGGGAGUGUAAAGUCCUGGUGGUGGACCCCGCCAGCUAGGGGGGAGGAGGCUAGGAGGCGAGGAGGGAGUGUAAAGUCCUGGUGGUGGACCCCGCCAGCUAGGGGGGAGGAGGCUAGGAGGCGAGGAGGGAGU